AUGGAGAGCUUUUAUAAUGAGAGCCAGAACCAGAACCAGGAGCACCUGGACCGGUACCGGGUGGUCACAGCAGCGGUGUCGGACAGCUCCGGACCGGGUGGAGGUGUCAGCCUCCGCGCGCUGACCGGCUGCGUCCUGUGCGUCCUGAUCGUCUCCACGCUGCUGGGCAACACGCUGGUGUGCGCCGCGGUCAUCAAGUUCCGCCACCUGCGCUCCAAAGUCACCAACUCGUUCGUGAUCUCUCUGGCGGUGUCCGACCUGUUCGUGGCCGUGCUGGUGAUGCCCUGGAGGGCGGUGUCCGAGGUCGCCGGCGUCUGGCUCUUCGGCCGCUUCUUCUGCGACACCUGGGUGGCCUUUGACAUCAUGUGCUCCACCGCGUCCAUCCUCAACCUGUGCGUCAUCAGCAUGGACCGCUACUGGGCCAUCUCCAGCCCCUUCAGGUACGAGCGCAAAAUGACGCGCAGGUUCGCCUACCUGAUGAUCGGCGUCGCGUGGACUCUCUCCAUCCUCAUCUCCUUCAUCCCCGUGCAGCUCAACUGGCACCGCGCGCACCCGGACGAGGACAACCCGGAGGACUGCAACGCGAGCCUGAACCGGACCUACGCCAUCUCCUCGUCUCUCAUCAGCUUCUACAUCCCCGUGGUGAUCAUGGUGGGCACGUACACGCGCAUUUUCCGCAUCGCACAAACCCAAAUCAGACGCAUCUCGUCUUUGGAGAGGUCCCGUGCGCAAAACCAGCGCCACCGGCACCGCGCGUCAACGCACGACGAGAGCUCUCUGAAAACCUCUUUCAAGAGAGAAACCAAAGUGCUGAAGACUCUGUCCAUCAUCAUGGGAGUGUUCGUGUUCUGCUGGCUGCCGUUCUUCGUGCUGAACUGCGUGGUUCCGUUCUGCGACCCGGACCAGCUCGGAGAGCCGCCGUGCGUCAGCGACACCACCUUCAGCAUCUUCGUGUGGUUCGGCUGGGCCAACUCAUCCCUGAACCCGGUCAUCUACGCCUUCAACGCGGACUUCAGGAAGGCCUUCUCCACCAUCCUGGGCUGCAACAAGUACUGCUCCUCCUCCGCGGUGGAGGCGGUGGACUUCAGCAACGAGCUGGUGUCUUAUCACCACGACACCACCAUGCAGAAGGAGGCCUGCGGGGCCAUGCAGAGGGAGGCCUGCGGGGCCAUGCAGGGCCCUGGAGGCCAGAGACUCAUGCCACCGCCGCCACCGCUGCAGCACACAGAUGGAGAUCUGGAGCAGAACUUUGUCAAAGUUUCUGUCAUUUCUGAUGAUUCCCGCAACCACAGCAACUUACUGCUGCCCGCCAUCCUGCAGUACGAGUGCGAGGCGGAGAUCUCUUUAGACAUGUUGCCCUUCAGCUCCUCCGGACCCAACGACUGUUAUGUGAUCCCCGGUCAGAUCCAGGACCUGUGA